CAAGCAGACUUUUUACAACAUCAGCAGUCGGCGUGAUGAGUGGGGGGGACGCUGCAACUUUUACAUGUCAAUCCAAAAGCAGCCAGUGAGAGAGAGAGAGAGACACACACACACACACACACACUCACACGUUACACACACACUUGAGCACCGAGGGGUGUGUCAAUGCACAUUUAGUUCCUCAAGGAAGUACGAGUCGUCAGUAUCUCAAGGCGGAGUGCUGAGAGGCAAGGCCAGCUGCUUUUGCAAACAUGAAGCGUUGAAGUUGAGCGAGUCUCGUUGUUGUUGUUGUGUUCAUCCUCGACCGGACCAACCACUACACGAGUGAGGGGGAGGCCGCCAACUCAGACAGCCAUGGACCACUUCAGCUCCCAGGCCAUGGCCAUGAAGGUCCAGAAGAAGAUCCUGAGCAGCAUGGCCACCAAGGCCUCCAUCCAGAUGUUCAUCGACGACACCACCAGCGAGAUCCUGGACGAGCUCUACCGCGUCUCCAAGGAGUACUCGGGCAACAAGGCAGAGGCCCAGAAGGUGAUCAAGGACCUGAUCAAGAUCGCCGUCAAGAUCGGCGUCCUGUUCCGCAACAACCGCUUCAGCACUGAGGAGCUAGUCUUGGCCCAGGACUUCAAGAAGAAGCUGCGCCAGGGCGCCAUGACCGCCAUCAGCUUCUACGAGGUGGACUUCACCUUCGAAAAGACGGUGAUGUCCGAGCUUCUGACGGGCUGCAGGGACCUCCUGCUGCAGCUGGUCAACAGCCACCUGACGCCCAAGUCGCACGGCCGCAUCAACCACGUGUUCAACCAUUACGCCGACCCCGAGCUGCUCACCCGGCUCUACCACCCCGACGGGCCCUUCCGGGACAACCUGACGCGCAUCUGCAAGGGACUCAACAAGCUGGUGGAGGAUGGUACAAUAUGACGGCACACUCCCCCAAGUCCCCCUUGGGACCGCACUGACACUCCACACUCGACACUGUCCUGCUGCUACGAGAGCACACAUAAGGAGGGAGGCGCCCGCCAGAUGCUCCACUUGGGAACAAAACUGCUGGAGAUAGAAUUUUUUUUUUCGUUUUUGUUUUGAGGUGGUUUUAUGAUGACAGGUCAAACCAGAACAAAGUGGUUCAGACUAUUUGAAAAAUAUGAACUAAUGUAUUGAUGGUUAGAUGAAAAGAGGAGGCAGUCUGCUGAUACAAUGCUGUCCUCUGGUGGUUAAAAUGAUGCUUCAUCAAGGGAAAAAAAAAUGCAGAAGCAUCCAGAAAUCAAGAAAAAAAAAAGCAGCCAAUAUUAAUAAUCAUGAUGAUAAUAAAACCAAAAAGGGCUGACUGUGAUGUCAA